CCAUUAGGCGUUGCCACACGCACACACGCUUCCCCCACCACCACGCUUCUGCCGUCACACUCGCGACUCGCCUCGUAUCGUCUCCACGGGCGGCAUGGCCACCGCCGGCGAGCUCGCCCUACCCGCGGGCGCGAAGGGAAGGCUUGUGCGCCCGCGCUUCGCUCGAGGUCCUACCAUCCCCGCCUCCGGGUCCCUCCGCCGCAAUGCGUCCUCCACCGCGCCCCUCCUCCGCCUCCCUCCCCCCUCUCGCUACGCCGCGACGCGGUCCUCGCUGGCUGUCGUGCGCGUCGGCCGUCGUCACUCCUUAUUCGGGCUCGGGAGCAGCGGCGCGGAGGCCGGGGCUGACCAAAUGCGCGGAGGCCUGGUCUUACCAAAUGCGACUGGGAAUACUACCGCUCCUGGUGAUGGCACGCCUACACUGGAUGACGACGAAAUGGCCUGGGUGCUCAAAAUAAUGCCAUUGCUCUUAAAGAUUCACCAAAAGCAGAUGUUGAGGCGCCAUUGGGCCAGGGAGCUGAUGAACAUGGUGGUUAAACUAUUGGUGCUGAGUUUCUGUCUAUGGAUAGGCCACCUGGCCGUCAAGGGUGACGAGAACGCUCUCCUACUUGUGGCGAUCUGUGACAAGGGCGAUAAGCUUUACAAGAUAGCCUCGGCAAUUAAGACAAUUGUGUUCGGUUAAACAGCUGUUGCUCAGGAACAAGUUUCGUUGUUGCACUGUUGCUAGUUGACUGAGGUCAUUGGUUCGUUCUUUCUGAGUCGAAGCAUGUAGGGAGGUGUACAGGAUGGUGAUCAGCUUUGGUUCUGGUUUUGGUUCUUCGGCAACUUUUGAUGCGAGUCUCGUGAAUCGCCGCUACAGUUAGGCAUACAUACUUCUUUCGGAUGAGACGCUGCCGAGUUUGCCAAUUAAUAUCUCUAGUGUCACAGUUCUACCUAUACGCCAACAGAAUGAAGUGUAAUAUCUCUCGUGUUACAGUACCAUACGCCAACAGAACGAUGUUCCAUUCACCAACCAUCGCUUGACUGUGGGGCUGUGGGCUACGUAUAACCUUGACUGCAAAAGCAUAUU